AUGUCAACCGCUUCAACACCUUCAACACCUGCACCUGUGCGGAUACCUCUGGAACUGAAACAAGUAGUGGAAAGCGAAAUCAAAGAAUGGCAUUUUCAUAUAUAUUUCCAUCAGAAUAAUGCAGAAGAAAAUGCGGCUGCUCUCAAACUGCGGGACUCUGUUCUCCGUUUGCGCAGAGACGGUGCAUUCGUUGCGGUACCACUCUUUCGAGUGAACACGGCGCCUAUUGGCCCUCAUCCAGUUGGGUCGUACGAGAUCUGGGUCCCUCAGGAAACAUUCUCAGCCGUCUUUUCAUAUUUAUGCAUGAAUCGAGGUAAUCUUAGUAUUCUUGUCCAUCCAUUGACCAGAGAGCAGCGAAAGUCAGCUGAGGACCACGACACCCGUGUAGCAUGGAUUGGACCCUCUUACCCCCUUGAUUUGACUGCUUUGCCUUUGAGAAGCGAAGAGAUACCGCUCCAAUACCCCUCACUAAGACUUGGCUAUUCUGCGAAGCCCCAGCUGACACUCGAAAUGCGCAUGAAACUUGGCGCUAACGUCGAGCAUCUUUUGGCGUCCGAGAAGGAAGCCGCACGCGCUCCUCCAAGAGUAUGA